UUAUCAAAUAAAUGAAGGUAGACAGUGCAUCGAAUUAAUUGUAUGCAUUGUGAAGUGAUUAAUGUGUUUGAAAUGAUUUUUUUGCCGUUACAAAUGUGUGAAAAUGAAAGGUUUUGUUGAAGCCCGUUGCAUAAUUUGUAACUUGGUAUUCUGCUGCGCUGAUUGUCGUUGGAACCACGAGCAAUCGACACAUAACCUUACAUACGACUGCCCCAUCUGCAGAGGAUAUAAAUAUCUUUGCAGACCAGAACAUCUUAACCAGGAUUUUCUUAAUCACAUCUCUGAAGAACACUUGCCCUUACAUUGUAGCAAGUGCUCUAAACAUUUCAACAAAAUGGAGGACUUACUAAACAUACAAGAAUGUUCAAGUAUUUCUGAAUUACUAAAGAAUGAAGAAAUGGGACAGAAAGUUGACGAUAAAUUUGAUUCUCUUUACGAGAAAAUAUCUGUCAAUGAAGAAGUUAGUGAAGAAAUAAAUAAAGUAACUAAAACAGCUAUAAUAACUCCUACAGUUAGAAAAGCUAAUAUUGUUGAUUAUGAUACGAGUGAUGAUGAAGAAGGCACUUCUAGAGUUGGUAGUAGAACGCCACAUCCAAAACUAACUGGUAAGGUAUCUAAGCUGAAGAGGCAAAGAGCUGCUACUCCUCACGCCAAGAAACUCCUGAGCUUGAUGAGGCAGAAAGUCGUAGAAGAGUACGAGGAGACCGUGGAUGAUGAAGCCCAGUUUAAUGGAUAUCCUAUGUCCAGUACCACGCCUUCAAGACACGAAGUGGAUGCAGAAAUUCAAAAAGAGAUGACCACACCAACAUCUCAUCUUCCACACCUGAUGAAACUGACACAGACGGUGACCACCAGCACGCCCACGCAUCCUGCCUGUGGUGGAUGGUCAUUAUUCCCUGACGCAGGAGCUGAUUCCCCUCUCUCGGAAAUAGAGAAUACUGGGAGCCCAGCACAGAGCAUGGGAAAUGAGCCAUCUAAAACAGACUCCGAUGCUGUACCUCCAAAACUAAAGAGCAUUAUCAUCACGGCCAGCCGGCUCCGUCUCAGCAGCCAGGAUAGCUCCGAGAAGCACGUCACUUUCCAGGACUCUGCUAAUGUAGAAUCAUCUAUGAAGAAGAAAGUCAAAUUUGCUGAAGACACAGUGUUCGAACAGGAAGCCAAAUCGAAACGAGUAUACCGCAAACCUCGACGCAUGCUGACACCAGGCCCUCAGAAACGGUUCUGCUACAACCCUCGAUUUCAAGCGCUGAUCAACCGCUUCGAGAACCAAGGGCUCAUCCUCACCAGAACUCCAAUCACCAAAAAGGAGAAACCGCAGGAAAGCACCCCACCCACAACCGAACAUGGUCUCCCAGCUAGAGCUAUAGACUUCGUAGAAGAGAGUCCAAUGGUCAAUUUGUCAAGGGAUUCAGAAGACGCUUACAAAACCUGCAUAGAUUCGUCAGAACUAGGCAUGAACACUGCAAUCACAGCCCUAACAGCCAACAUCGCAGGGUCUCUACAAAAUUGCCUAAGUACAGUCUUCAGAACUUCCGAAGAAGAAACAGAAAUACAAUUCAAAUUCACCAUCACGAAGAAGACUGUUACCAAAAAACAAGUGGAGAGUGAUAUGAUAGAGGACAACCACGGUGAAUCAGUGAAGGAGAACAUGUGGUCCUGCGUUGCCAGGGCUGUCCGCAACGUGUUUUGGGGCGGUCAGGGUUCAAGUCCUCAAAGCCCUCAAGACACAUUUAAUUCUACUUCAUCAUCAACAUCCAAACGCAAAUGUGAGGAGAUGGAUCCAGGAAGUCCACUAAACCACAAAAGGCACAAAUACGAAGGCAGAAUCAGAGCAAGGCCUCCUCUCAGACGCAGCAAAAGCUCUGUAUCAGCCCUAAGAAGUUCGCGAUCGGCUGAACAGCAUUCGAUAUUGAAUGAGAUCCCAAUGAUGCAAGAUGAUGCUGUGAAUUUGAGUUUCUAGAACAAAUUAUCAUUUUUAUAUCAAUAAAAAUAGAAUAUUUUUAAUAAUUUUAAGCUUGGUGGAAAACGACUAAAAACGUUUCAACACUUGCACAUUUUUAAAUAUAUUUUUAGGUCAUUAAAAUUUGGUGUAAAUAUAUAAAUACAUUACUAACAUAAUGUAAUUAUAUAAUAUGUUAGUCAUGUAUUUUCGUCAUAUUAUUAACUCCAACAAAUCUCAUAAAGGAUAAAAGGAUUUUAAAUUUUUUAAAAAGUGUAAUAAAAAAAAGUAGGUUAAGAUCAUAGAACUAGGAUACACUUAUUGUUAAGAAGAUUGUGCAUUCAUGAAAUUGUGAGUGAAGACAAUCUAUUGCCUUUCCUAAAUACUGUUAGAGAUUAAGAGCAUUACACAGAAUAUUUAGACCUUUAGUGUCCUUGUUACCAAUAGGCUUCUACUUAGUCAUCGUUUACUGAAUCUAAGGUCUCAAUUGUUUUCGAUUAUUGAAACAUAUCAAACAAAUUAUAUGAUUUAUUAUUCUUCAUUAUUAAUAACAAAUUAUCAGAUGGAACCAAUAAAUCUAUAGAAAUGUUAUGAGAUCAGCAAGCAGUUCGCAAAGCUUUGCUUACAACGCAAAAUUAUUAAGGCCUAACUUUAGUUGUACUUUUCGAAUCAAUAAAUCUAGUAUUGUAACUCCCAGUGCCGAACCAAGACUUAUAUCAUUGAAUAUUGUGAAUUGCUUUGUAUGGAAAGUUUCGGACAAAUGUUGACAAUAUUUUACAUGUUUUCAGCUCCAGGCUCCCAGAAUCCUUUAAAUAUUUGGCUUAUUUAUCAAGUCUUGGCUUGAAUCAGAUUUAUGAUUUUGAUCUUUAGUGCAUUUGAGGACUGUAUUCGUUUUAGUUAUUGCUUGGUUUAAGUUAAUUUAACAAGUAAACUUAACUUA